GCGGCGCAGGAAGUUCGCAUCACAAGCUUUCAGCGUCGGGGGCGCGCGUGCGCUUGGCCCAGUUACCACGCGGAAGGCGGGUGGAGAACCGAGCGAGGAAGGAGGAGCCAGUCCCAUCACAUUGGCCCCGCCCACAGCGUCCGGUAUAAAGCUGGGCACCCACAGUCUUUCGCAUAUCCCUUCAGGGGCUCAGAUCCUCCAACAUGUCGUCAAAGUCGUCGUCUAUGGUUCUGGGUUACUGGGAUAUCCGCGGGCUGGCUCAUGCCAUCCGCAUGCUCCUGGAAUAUACUGAUACCUCCUAUGAGGAGAAACGGUACACGUGUGGGGAAGCUCCUGACUAUGAUAGAAGCCAAUGGCUGGACGUGAAAUUCAAACUAGAUCUGGAUUUUCCUAACCUGCCCUACCUCAUGGACGGGAAGAACAAGAUCACCCAGAGCAACGCCAUCUUGCGAUACAUCGCUCGCAAGCACAACAUGUGCGGUGACACUGAAGAAGAAAAGAUACGAGUGGACAUCAUGGAGAACCAGAUAAUGGACUUCCGCAUGCAGCUGGUCCGGCUCUGCUACAACUCUGACCAUGAAAGCCUGAAGCCUCAGUACUUGGAACAGCUACCUUCACAGCUGAAACAGUUCUCGUUGUUCCUGGGGAAAUUCUCGUGGUUUGCAGGGGAAAAGCUUACCUUUGUGGACUUUCUCACCUAUGAUGUCUUAGACCAGAACCGUAUGUUUGAGCCCAAGUGCCUGGAUGAGUUCCCAAACCUGAAGGCUUUCAUGUGCCGCUUUGAGGCUCUGGAGAAAAUUGCUGCAUUCCUGCAGUGUGACAAAUUCUUCAAGAUGCCCAUCAAUAACAAGAUGGCCAAGUGGGGCAACAAGUGCCUGUGCUGAGCAGCAGACCCGGUGCUGGCUCUGUCCUGCCUGCCCCUGCGCUCUGUCUCCACUGCGCUUUCCAAUAAACAGCAGUUGCACUAA